AUGGCUGUAUAUGGUGACUCCCUAAUGGCUGUGGGUGAGGCCCUGGUGCAUGUGAAGAACACUCUUCUGCCACUCUGGCUGGGGAUGUUUCUGUUCCUAUCUGAAUGUUCCCAAGUUGCACACUCCCAACGCCAUAGUACCCCAGAAGUGGUGAUUCCCCAAAAGGUAAAAGGCACUGGCAUCGGCAUAAAGCCUCCAGUCUGGCUCUCUUACAGACUACAUUUUGGGGGCCAGGGGCACAUUGUCUACAUGAAGGUCAACAAGCAUUUGCUGUCCAGACACCUGCCAGUGUUCACCUACACAGACCAGGGCGCUCUCAUUGAGGAUCAGCCUUUUGUCCAGAAUGACUGCUACUAUCAUGGGUAUGUGGAGGGGGACCCAAAAUCCCUGGUUGCCCUCAGUACCUGUUUUGGGGGCUUUCAAGGAAUAAUACAGACAAAUGACAUUGUUUAUGAAAUCGAGCCCAAAAGUCUUUCUACUACAUUUGAACAUCUCAUAUAUAAGACGAGCAGUGAGGAGACACAGUUCCCACCCAUGAGAUGUGGAUUAACAGAUGAAGAAAUAGCACGACAAUUGAAGCUACAAGAGAGUGUUAAUUACACUCUGCUGCAAAGUGGAUAUGAAGGCUGGUGGACCCACAAGAGAUUUCUUGAACUGGCUGUGGUAGUGGAUUACAAUCGAUAUCUGCAUCGCGAAAGUAACACCUCAAAUAUAUAUAAGGAAGUAGUCCUUGUUAUGAAUGAAAUAGAUAACUUGCUUAAUUCACUGGACAUUGAUAUGGUUCUAAUAGGAAUUGAGAUAUGGACUGAAGGAAACCCCCUUCCAACUGAUGAUAUAACUAAGUUGCUGCCAGAAUUUUGCAGCUGGAAGAAAGGUGGCUUUCAUCAGCGCUUACCCCAUGAUAUCGCACACGUUUUUGUAAAGCAGAACUAUGGUAUUAAUCUUGGCUUAGCUUAUCUUGGAACCGUAUGUAACCCUAAUCUUAACUGUGGAGUUGAUAGUUUCUUAACUGACAAUUUAUAUGAUUUUGCAUACAUUGUGACACAUGAGAUCGGUCAUAAUUUGGGUAUGGACCAUGAUAAACACCCUUGUGUAUGUGGACAUCAGAGCUGCAUUAUGUUUCCAUCAAAACAAAAGGCAAAUAGAUUCAGCAACUGCAGUUAUGCUCAAUUCAUAGACACCGUUGCAAAACGAAAAUGUUUAUACACUCCAUCAAAUUCAGGGAACAUCUUCACAUUUACUGAGUGUGGAAAUGGUGUGGUUGAAGAAGGAGAAGAGUGUGACUGUGGUGCUUUACAUUUGUGUAUAAAAGAUCCAUGUUGUCAGUCUAACUGCACGCUGACACCUGGGGCUGCUUGUGCUUUUGGGCUUUGUUGCAAAGACUGCCAGAUCACGCCAUCAGGCAAUGUGUGUAGAAAAGAGGAAAACGCAUGUGAUCUUCCAGAGUGGUGCAAUGGGACAUCCCCUCACUGUCCAGAAGAUGUGUAUGUGCAGGAUGGGAUCCCGUGCCUGGGUGGUGGCUACUGCUAUGAAAAGAGAUGCAAUAACCGUGAAGAACAGUGUAAGAAAAUUUUUGGCAAAGAGGCCAAGAGUGCAAAUCAGAGUUGCUACACGAAAGUGAACACCCGAGGUGACCGUUUUGGUCACUGUGGUAUUCAUGACUCUACGUAUGUGCGAUGUAACAUCUCAGACAUCCUGUGUGGGAGGGUUCAGUGUGACAACGUGACAGAAAUCCCCCUUCUGCAAGAUCAUUCUACUGUACACUGGACUCACUUCAAUAAUGUCACCUGCUGGGGCAUUGACUACCAUCUGGGGAUGGCCAUACCUGACAUUGGUGAAGUGAAAGAUGGAACCCAGUGUGGUGCAGAACAUAUCUGCAUCCAAAGGAAGUGCGUCCCUAUGUCACUUCUGGUAAGUUAUUGUUCACCUGAGACCUGCAAUAUGAAAGGAGUCUGUAACAACAGACAUCAUUGCCACUGCGACUAUGAGUGGGACCCUCCCAACUGCCUGCAAGAUGGCGACGGAGGUAGUAUUGAUAGUGGCCCACCCCCUAGGAGAAAAGACAAAGAAUGGGAGCGAUGGUACAAUUAUCUGCUAGCACUUUGGUUUAUUUCCUGUUUUCUUUUAUUAUUCUUGUUACUUGUGUUUACUCUGAGACAAAAACCAACAGAUUUUACAGAGCAGAGUGUUCCUAUUUAA